CAGUUCCAAAUUUCAGUAGGUGGAUAGAAUAGAUGGAAGUCCGGGUGUUGAGCUGUGAAGUCAGUGCAUGAUUGAAUUAAGAGUAGUUAUGACUUUUGGAAAACAACUAUUCCUGAGUCUAUUUGUCCUAGAUUUGAUGCACCUAUAGCGCCUUCCAGAGGGCAGCAGGUCGAACAGUCCAAUACACAUAUAUAAACAUAUACAAACAUAUACAUACAACAUAUAUACAUAUAUCCGUACAUAAGCCACAUACAUGCAUUCAUAGGUUGUAGGUUUGGAGGCUGUAGGUUUAUAAGUUAAUUGGCUUCUGUAAAGGGUCCCUAGCGUGUGGGACAUAACUAUUGCACGGGUGGUUGAAGUGAGCGCAUACUCGGUAUGUCGAAUGGCCCGUUUUCACGCUGGAUCUCUCUAAAAAACGAACGCGAGUGGAUUACACCACAGAUUGCCAACACGGGCCGAAUGGUCUCCCUUUUGAGGUGCAGUGGAUCUUUAGCUCUUUAGCACAUAGCCAGAUCAGCCCCAGGGUUAGGCGGGUUGGGCAUUUGUUUUUUGUUCCAGCCUGCCUCGUUCCACCUGAACCCGAAACACUUCGCUCAGGAUUUACAAGACGAGUUUAACUGCCCAAGCAGGGCGCAGACUGAGUGUGGUGUCGAGGCACUGGGAGCUGCCACAGGUGUGUUCAGAACGAUCUCCUAGGCAGCCGGAGGUGGUGGUUGGGGAGAGGCAAAGUGUGGACAAAUGCCAGAGGAGGCAGUGCGGUAGCUUUUAAUCAAAGCCUCUGCUCUAUGAUCUUUGAUCUUAACCUCGGGGAUAGACCAGGCAGUGCGCUUGACAUUGGCGUCUAUAACUGCGCGUUGAACACCACAGCCUGUUUACACGCAGCUUGGAAACUUGGAUUCAGGGUGAAAAUCCCGACUGAAGCAGACCUGUCCUGAUUGUGAAGAUUUUUUUGAAAAAUGAAUAAAAAAGGAUCCCGGUCGUCAAUAUUUUACGACGAGAAUAUCAUCAAGGAGGAAGACAUUCUCUUUGAGGGGUAUUUAACAAAAUCACCGCCUCUGUACCAGUUUGAACAAAAGAAAUCAUGGAAAAGGCGGUAUUUUGUGCUGGGAAAAUCAAAAGAUGAACACUUCUUGUUUUACUUCACAAAACAAGAAUCAAGCAGGAAAUUACCUUCACGGGGAGAAAUAUCUAUAAGAAAAAUUACAGAAUUAUGCAUAAAACCAGAAUACCAUCCCAAUUGGAAUGUGCUUCAGAAAUUUUUUUCAAUCCACUCUUCUGAAAACGUUCUUCUUGUGCAGACAGAAGAAAGAGGAUACUUUUUUAUUGGAGAUGGAAAUUCUAUACAAUCACUGCACAGUGUAAUCGCAAGUCUGCGUCAAGGCUUUCCAUCUGAAAGCAAAAGUCAGACUACUUCCAUUGAACCUGUGAAAACUGAGCCGAACCAACAACGAGACGCUCCCUCACGGAACAAAGCCGAACCAAUUUACGCCUCAAUCAAAGAUGUGCUCCUGGAAGCAGAGGCUAAUAAACAAGAAAGCGCAACGCCAUUUGUCGAACAUACAUUCUCAGAAACGACAGAUGACAGCUAUGAUUUGCACACCGAGCUCCCCCACAGGUUGUCACAGCCUACACGACGACCUAACAUUCAAGAAAAGCCACGUAGUUAUUCACUGCCAGACACGUCAUGUCCCAUCUACGAUGUACCCAGGAAGAUUGUGAUGGAAAAUUGGAGAAGUAAGAAAGUAGUGUCAGCUGACUCGGGGAUCUAUGAGUUCAUGGCCACAACUAAAGACUGGCGUGAUUCAGCUUCAUCAAUCGACUGUUCUGCAUCUUCUGAGCAUUUACCUGAAGACAAUAAUAUGGCAAAGAGUGACAUUAAUCCAGAUGUUUUCAUCACUGAAAAUCGGGCACCGCGUGAAGAGUCAAACAAAGGAAGUACAAUUAAUAUGGAUUCAUUGAAAACAUUGCUUGGUGAAGUUACAAAAGGCACCAAGUUGGAAAAAAAGGAUAUUACAGUUUACCGAGAUGACUUCAAAAACCUUGAACUUGUGAAAUUAAAUGACAAAGUUUUUGUGAUUCAUUCGGAUGAGAAGUGUGCUUUCCGUGCUGAUGAUCAGAUCAUGGCAAUCAACAAGCUUCAGAUUUAUUGUGUGGAGGAAGUGGACAUGUUAAUAAAACGGUCAAUGGAAGAGGAGGUGCUGGUCACCAUAAUGCGACAGCUCGAAACUCCAACAGUCACCAGUGAUUAUAUGGAAUAGCUAUGAAAAGAACUGGUAAAAUGUUGUAAUUUUCAGAGAACCAUCAACAAGCUAUACACUGUCAUCAAAACCAGCGCAGAUGAUGUUGACUCAUCCAGCAACCAUCCAUCAUUAUUUAUUUUACUGCUAUGCACUUCUGGAUCUUGUAGAUCACUGUCAAUUAAUGAUGAUUUUUUUUUUUGCCAUGCUUAUCUAUGGAAACCUUCAUGCUGUCUUAGUUCAUUGACACCUAUCAUAGGUUCACUAUCCUGAUUAUAUUAAAUAUUCUGGGCAAUUCCCCUCUUUUUUUUCACUCUGAUACAAAUACUAAGAUUAAAUGUAAAGCAAUCUUUCCUUAUAUUGUAUGAUCAUCACUAAUUUAUAGGCAGUUACACUGCAGUGUGUUAAUUAAUGAUCUACUGAUUUCAAAUAGAACAUGCAAUUUACUAAAAAAAGAUACGAUAAUCACUCAUGUACUCACCAGGAUUCCCAGUGAGGAUUAAGCACUGACAUAUAACAUGUACAAUUUCUGGGGUAUAUUUUUGUUGCAGUUUAUAGCAUUUACUUUAAUGGAACAAAAAAAAUGUGUUUAUAUCUCCUAUCAAAAUGUGCCCUUCAUUUGUAAGACACUUAACGUCACUAUAAACAUGCACUUGAUGUUUAACCUUUUUUUACCUUUUCCCCUGUAUUGCGAAAUGGUAAUUCUUCCUUGUAAAAUGUGCAGUUAAUUGUCACGAUCCUUCAUGAAUGCUUUCCCAUGGUUCAGAUAACAAAAUAAUUUGAUUUUGUAUUGAAAUGUUGUACAGAAUUGAAUCAUUAAUUGCUGCCUCUCAUCUGUCCCGAGAUGAUUCAAACCUGAUGCUGUUUGCUCCAUUCGGCAAAAAAAUAACAAUGUGCAUCUUGAUGCUAUCAAAUCGCUCUGUGCCCAGACUCAAAAUUUGACAGAUUAAUAAGCAGCCAAGCAUAUUGGUUAACUAUCAAAUCGUUAAUUUGGAAUUCUGCUGUUUUCGGAGUCCUUGUUACACCAUGCUGUUAAUUGGCACUUUGGUUCAGUACCAGAGCAAUCAUUGCACAAAUGAAAAGCUGAACCAUCCGACACCUCACGUUGGUAUUAAAGGUUCCCAUGGUAAUUUUAGAAGAUAAUCUGGACAAUGCGUGUUCCUUACCCAACAUUACUCCAACAGAAUUAUCUGGCCAUAAUUUUGCUACAAAAUACAUAGCCCUUCUAUUCACACACUAAGCACAGUGUCGCACAAAUAAUUACAGUACAAAAUAACUCACUUGUUGUGAAAUGCUUUGGGAUAUUUUUAGGUCAUGAAAGAUAUUGUAUUAUUUUCAUUCAGUUAUAACAAUUUGCUCCCAGUUACUACAUUUCAAAGGAAAUUCCCCAAAGUACAAAUGCUAAAGAAUGGCACAAAACCUAUAGUACUUGUAAACAAUUAUAAUAAUCUUCCACAAGUCAUUUCACAGAGGUUCAGUUGGUCUAAGAUGUAGCUAUUGUAAUAAUGUAUUAUACGUGUAAAUGUUGAAAUUUAGGCAUUCAUUUAAUGAAAGUGUAAAGCAUAGAUUUUAUAUGUACAUUAAUAACUUGAAAUUACGGUUUGUCAUGUUUAAUAUGCUUUCUAUUGAUAAAUGAAUCAAGCAUUAUGUAUAUUUCCAUGAAAGAUAUUCUUUUUAUAAGAAAGAAAAUGUAACAAACGCCUGUAUAUGGUGCCUUUUAAAGAAUUAUGUCUGAUCAUUCAGAACUCAAUUAUAGUUCAAUGAUCAGUUGAGAUAUCAAUCAAAUGUUUCAAACUUUAAUGGCAUUUGCUAUCUAACCUUCCUACAUUUGAACUGCAAUAUAAUGGUUACUCAUUGAAAUAUGUUCCAUGACAUCUAUUUGAGUGCAUGGUUGGAUAAAUUUAUACUUUGUGCCAUUUCCUGCCUUGAAAUGAUAUAACUGAACACCAAUAUCAUGGAAAACAAUGAACAAGUUAUAGCAAAGAAAAGAUGUAUUUUACAGGACAGAUUGUGGCUGAAGUAAUGUGAAGGAGAAUGCCUGAUACGUAUAUCCUUCCUCCAAUCAUGAAAUAUUUAAUUUGGUGCAGAGACUAAAACACCCUCCAGCAGGCAGAAGUAGGACUUAAAAGUUUAAAACUGGUGUUAGUUGGGCUGUUUCAUUUAUGUUCAAUUAUCACUUUUGUUUCCCGGAAAUCUUUAUAUAUCGGCCCGAUUAAUGUGUCUAAAGAACUCAAAGUGCCUUAAUGGACUGUCCCACUUGGGCGACCUAAUCUGUGAGUUUAGAAGAGUGUCUUCGACCUUCAAACUCGCAGCAUGGUCGACACGUGGUCCUAUGUGGUCGCUGGAACUCUCCUUCGGAUGCGUAUGUGCGUGCGUGUGUUCGUUCAAUCCAGCUCACGGUUUCAUCGCUGACGGUCGAUCCAGCUCAUGGCAUUCCAGGCCAGUGCCCUCGAGCUUGAAGGUCGAAGGCACUCUUAUGGACUCGCGGAUUAGGUCACCCAAGUGGGACAGCCCCUUUAGAUUAAUGAUGCUGUGACCUACCGCGACCUGUGCGUGGCUGGCUUCUUGGGCUUUCACCCUUAUUUCUCCACUGGGCCUGCUUCCCACUGGCUGGAUUAGUGUCUGGGCAAGUGAUAUUGCAACAGCUCAAUGCUUGGAGCACGCCACCCAGCUGGAGCAACAAGUCAGCAGCUGGUUGCAAAUAAAACAAGGCAUAUUAAAGCCCAGUUAGUAAACCUAAAGGUUCAAGGACGGUCUCUCAUAUUGCCUGCUGUUGAUGAGAUAAUUUUUAAUACUCAGUUCUAUAGUCUUUUAAUGUCAACACUGCAACCAUUAUUGAUGAUGUCAUGGGCCAAGGUUUAUCUUGCCAAUUGGUUGUCUGUCCAUGACUUUGAUUUGUUUUACCAUUCAUACAAGAAUGCAGCAUGAAAACAGUCAGCCACAUGACAUCCUAAGGUCAUAAUAGAAUUGCCAAGAAAGAAACCUGAAGGAAGUAAUGCCAAAGAGAAUCAGCGUUCUAUUUAGGUAUUGGAAUUGCUUGUAGUUCUCAUAAUUUCCAGCAGGUGCUGCAGUUAUUGCAUAUUGCAAAACGUGUAAAAUGUGGAAUGUAAACAUAAUAUGCAAACAUUUUUACAAUAAAAAACUCAUUAAAGCCUGAAUUAGUUCUAAUUAUUAAUUAUUUUGUGUUUUCUUCAAAAGACAUUUGCGUGCAAUUCAAAAUGACACCAAGUGACCCUGAAUGUAAUCCUCUCAGUCUCAAUUACUGUCAAAUUAUGUGACUUGCUAAUUACGUACAAAUUGACUCAACUGCUUUUUUGGAACACUUCAUUCUUUCUCUUUAUGCAUCCACUGUAAAUACUUUAUAAAAGUGAAAUAUAUUAGCA